AUGUACGGUGGAGGUGUUUAUAGAGUAUCAAAAGCAUCAGAGCUUUUAGAAAAUUUAAAAGGCGAAAUUGAAUCUCUUACACAUGAAAUAUCAGUAUAUAAGCAUCAAAAGGAUGAUUAUGAAAGAAAAUUUCAAAAUCAAUUAGCAGAGUUAAAUACUAUACAACAAACAUUAUAUGAUCUCGAAAGACAACAAACUAAAAUGAAAUUGCAUUACGAGGAGGAGAUAAGAAAUUUAAAGAGACAAUUAGAUCAACAAAAUAAUGGCAAUUUAAAUAAUAGAGAUUUAAGCAGCCCAUCUACCUUUAAUAGAUCAAACAGUCCAGCUCCAACUCCACAACAUAUGCAAAGAAAUACACCAACCCCAACCAAUCCAGAUAAGGGUCAACCAAAUAAACAAGGCAGAAAUAGAUCAAACUCUGGUGAAUUCUAUCCAUCUGGUGGUACAUCAUUCCCAACACUCAAUCCAUUAGAUCAAGGUAGAGGCCAUCCACAAAAUAUGCCAAAAGAAAAUAUUGCAAGUAUGGGUAAUAACAUUAAAAAAGAUGAAGAUGCAAAAGAAGAAGAAAGAAGAAGACAAGAAAGAGAAAUGGAAAUUGAUGAAAAUGGUAAAGAAAAAGGUCAAGAUUGGCUUGUUGGAUAUAAUCCAAGUGUACAAACAAAUUUAAAUAUUGAUUUACUUCAUAAUUUACAACAUAAUAGUGUUGUUUGUUGUGUCAACUUUUCGAACGAUGGUAAAUAUUUAGCAACUGGUUGUAAUAGAAGUGCUCAAAUUUAUGAUGUUGAUAGUGGUAAAAAGAUUCACUCAUUUGUCGAUGAAAGUGAUAAAGAUGGUGAUCUUUAUAUUAGAUCUGUUUGUUUCAGUCCAGAUGGUAAUUAUCUUGCAACAGGUGCAGAAGAUAAAACAGUUAAAGUAUGGGAUAUUCACUCUAAAAAAAUUCAACACACCUUUUACGGACAUGAAUUGGAUAUUUAUUCAUUAGAUUAUUCAAGUGAUGGUAGAUUUAUUGUUUCCGGCAGUGGUGAUAAGAAAGCUAAAAUUUGGGACAUUGAAAAAGGUAAAUGUGCUUACACUCUUGGAAAUGAAGAAGUUGGUCCAAAGAAUGGUGUAACAUCAGUUGCUAUGAGUCCAGAUGGAAGAUUGGUUGCAGCAGGUUCAUUAGAUAAUAUUGUACGUUUAUGGGAUGCACAAACAGGCUAUUUCUUAGAAAGAUACGAAGGUCAUUUAGAUUCAGUUUAUUCAGUUGCUUUCUCACCAGACGGUAAAUCUUUAGCAUCAGGUAGUCUUGAUAAAUCAUUAAAACUUUGGGAUUUAUCAGGUUCACGUUCACGUUCACGUUGCAGAGCCACCUUUAAUGGCCACAAAGAUUUCGUUUUAUCAGUUGCUUUCUCACCAGAUGGUAACUGGCUCAUUUCUGGUUCAAAAGAUCGUUCCGUUCAAUUCUGGGAUCCAAGAAAUGGUACUACUCAUAUGAUGUUACAAGGUCACAAAAACUCUGUUAUUAGUGUUGCUCUCUCACCAAAACUUUCAUCAUAUGGUGUUUUCGCUACUGGUUCAGGCGAUUUCAGAGCCAGAUUAUGGAAAUAUGACUCUUAA